AACAGUUGGAGAAAAUAAGCCCCUUCCGGCCCUCCUCCAAAACCUCUAAAACCCUAGAACCUAGAAGCUUCUACUACCAUCCAGUACUUGUUUCAGUGUUUUAAGUCACAGAAACAGAGAGAAACAGAGAUCAAAGGCAGAGAGUGCAAAAAUAUUGCCCAAAUGGCAAAGCGUCUGAUCCCAACGCUCAACAGAGUUCUGGUGGAAAAGAUCAUACCUCCCUCCAAGACCACCGCUGGUAUUCUCCUCCCUGAGAAGUCCUCCAAGUUGAACUCGGGGAAAGUGGUGGCGGUUGGACCAGGAACGCCUGGUAAAACGGGAAAUAUGAUCCCAGUGGCUUUGAAAGAAGGAGACACCGUUCUCUUGCCUGAAUAUGGCGGUACUCAAGUUAAGCUCGGCGAGAAAGAGUACCACUUGUACAGGGAUGAUGACAUUUUGGGCACCCUGCAUGAUUGAUUUACCCUCAAAUGAGGUUUGUCUAUGGAGGAUUUAGUUUUGUGUUUCAAUGAGUAAUGUAACUGAUUUAUGAUGCCUUUGUUGCCAAUUAUGUUACUUGGAUUCUAGUUAUAUGCUGAUUGAAGAACUUUUGUUCCACACUUUUCUUGUUGACACCAAUUUGUAGUUUUUUUUGUUCGUCUUGAUUUGAAGCGUCUACCUUAGUUAGAAUCUAAAACAAAACAAUCUACAAGAACAACAAAAAGAACGAUUCAAGGUAUUGUAGUUAUGUGAUUCCGCCAUAUUGUGUAUGGCACUUUCCUCUUGUAGUCA